AUAACCAAAAUCAAAAUAAAUGUGAAAUGAGUGAAAAGUUCCAACGUGGAACGUUGAAUAGAGAAUUUUUAAUUAUAUUAUGAAUUAAACUUUUAACAAUUUUUGGUCUUAUCGUUAUUAAAUAUAAUCAAAAUGGCCCCACAACAAAAAGGUAAACAAGGUACUAAAGGUGCGAAGCAAAUUGCCGAAGAAAAUGUAUCUACAUUAAAAUUUUACAGAAAUAUGGCAGUAUCAGCAAAUGCCGUUUCAUUAUUAAUUCUGUAUUUCUAUAAUUCAACUAUAAGUAUAGUUUUAUAUUUGUUUUCAUGUUUAAUUUAUAUAGGAUGUUAUCAAUUUAUGGCGUAUAUGGCUAAACCCAAAUACACACAAACCGGACAGCUGUUAGAUAGCGGUGUUGAUUUAAAUAUGGAAGGAGGAAUAGCGGAGCACGUAAAAGACAUAAUCAUCCUAACUGCUGGUUGUCAAUUACUAUCCUCUCUUAUUUCUAAUUACUUUUGGUACUUGUGGUUAGCGGUACCGUGUAGAGGUGGUUGGAUAUUAUGGAAAAACAUCUUACAACCAUAUUUUAUACAACCUGAUUCGGGCGAACCAGAAGUUAACGAAAAGAAGCAGAAGAAAUUGGAAAGAAAAAUGAAAAGAAUGCAGAGAUGAUUUUAAAUAAUGUUUAUCAAUUAACUCGGGUAGAUGGUAAACAAUUGUUUAUUUAAAAAAUAAAAAUUAUGAAAAGUG